AUGUCAAUUAUAUUUGCCAGAUUGAUUAUUAAUAGUACUGAUAAAGGGAUCAAUGCUUUUGUGGUUCCGAUUCGUGAUAGUCAAACUCAUGAUCCUCUUCCUGGCGUUAUAAUAGGGGAUUGUGGGAAAAAAAUUGGAUUAGAUGGAAUUGAUAAUAGGUUUAUUCUAUUCAAAAAUUAUAGAGUCCCUUAUGAUUCUUUAUUAGAUAAAUUCAGCUCAAUCACUGAAGAUGGCAAAUUCAAAAGUAGUAUUAAAAAUAAAGAAAAAAGGCUUGGAAUUAUGAUGGUUGGACUUAUUGGAGGGAGAAGCGCUGUUGUUUGUGCAGCUGGUCAGAAUAUGAAAACUGGGUUAAUUGCAGCUUUGAGGUUUUCAGCUGUCAGAAGACAGUUCAGCUCAACUGAAGCCGAAAAUGCGGUAUUAGACUAUCCGUUACAACAAUAUAAACUAAUUCCACAUCUAGCCAACGUGUUGGCUAUAAGGUCUAUAUAUCUAUGGCUUAAUACAAAUUUGCCGGUUAUCCAACAAAAAAUUGAUGAAAAUCCAGAAGGGCUGGAAGUUUCAGAAUUUCAUGCAAUUCUUUCUGCGUGCAAAGGAGUGUCUACUUGGUAUGCCAAUUCUUGUUUAAAGCACUGCAGAGAAGCUACUGGAGGAUUAGGAUAUUCAGCGUAUUCUAAUAUAGGGAGAAUUAUGAUGAAUGCGAAUAUAGGAGUUGCAUGGGAAGGUGAUAAUGGAGUAUUGAUUCAACAAACAGGAAAAUUUAUACUUAAGCAAUUUCAAAGAACAUUUAAAGGACACGUAAUUAACGCCCCAACACUAAAGUGUAUACAAGUAGACCAUGAAAAAGUGAUGCAAUUUAAAGCGAAAUUUGAAAAUUCUGAGCAGCUUGAAAAUGAAAAUACCGUUUUGAGCUAA